AUGGCCUCUCGCGGCGCACAGAUUGGCUCAUGGCCAUCUGCUUCUGCCGCACUCAAGCAACUGUCACGGCGGUCAGCCUCGUCGUCGCCUUCCUCUCUCUUGGCUAGCACAGUCCGCUCUCAGCCUUACUCGUCAUUCACAUCAUCUCGCCCCUCGCUGUCCAUUCUCUCACGUACGUCCCUCUCGCAGGCGCAACCCUUCACUCGCUCCAUCCGUGCUGCCAGCAGCGUCUCGCAGAACUUGCUCGCUACCCUCGAGAGAACUGCCAACAACAACCCUCAAAGUGCUACUGCUCAAAACGCUUUCUACAAUGCUCUUAACCGUGCCGGCCACUACGAUAUUCUCGUAGAACGCUACGACAAAGGCAUCUACGCUACGAAUUCCUCCGUCGAUCAGCUUUACUCCCGUGCCGUAGAAAGAGUCGGUCAACAAGAGAAUGGUCAGACUUCUGGUGAUGAAACUUCUCAGGCCGUCAGCCAGGCUGUGGCUUCUGCUCGUGGAGGUGGCAAUGUCUCGGUCUCACGCAAAGGCAGCGGUGCUAAGAAGGAACCCCUUUACGUCGUAGUGGACGAGUCGCUCGGCGCCACCAUUUUCAAGUGGGUCAAGUUCUUGAUGGUCUUUGGUGUUACCUGUUACCUGUCUCUGGUUGUUCUCACCCUUUUCAUCGAUGCUACUGGCGUCAUUAAGAAGGUUGGCGGAGCUCAGGACAACCAGGCAAAGCCUGAACUGCAAAAGACUCGCUUCUCGGAUGUACACGGUUGUGACGAGGCAAAGGAGGAACUCCAGGAACUCGUCGAAUUCCUCAAGGCUCCCGACAAGUUCUCGACGCUCGGCGGAAAACUUCCCAAGGGUGUUCUUUUGGUGGGCCCUCCCGGUACUGGUAAAACUCUCCUCGCUCGCGCUGUCGCUGGCGAGGCUGGUGUUCCCUUCUUCUACAUGUCUGGUUCUGAAUUCGACGAGGUCUACGUUGGUGUUGGUGCCAAGCGUGUCCGCGACCUCUUCACCCAAGCCCGUGGAAAGUCUCCUGCAAUCAUCUUCAUUGACGAACUCGACGCCAUAGGAAGCAAGCGUCAUGAACGUGAUGCCGCUUACGCAAAGCAAACUCUCAACCAGCUCCUGACUGAACUCGACGGUUUCGACCAAGAUACCGGUGUCAUCAUUAUCGGUGCUACCAACUUCCCUCAAUCGCUCGACAAGGCUUUGACUAGACCUGGUCGUUUCGAUCGCAACGUUGUUGUUGGCCUUCCCGAUGUUCGCGGUCGUAUUAGUAUUCUUAAGCACCACCUCAAGAACAUUCGCAUCGACGGCGAAGUCGACGCUUCCGUCCUCGCUCGUGGUACUCCCGGUUUCAGCGGUGCUGAACUUGAAAACAUUGUCAACCAGGCUGCUGUCCGCGCUUCCAAGAACAAGGCUAAGCGCGUUACCAUGGAUGAUCUGACUUGGGCCAAGGACAAGGUGCUUAUGGGAGCAGAGCGUCGUUCUGCCGUUAUUCAGCAAAAGGACAAGGUCAUGACUGCAUACCACGAGGGUGGUCACGCUCUUGUAGCCAUGUUGACGAAGGAUACCACCCCUCUCUACAAGGCCACUAUCAUGCCCCGCGGUCACGCUCUUGGUUUGACUCAAAUGCUUCCGGAACUCGACAAGGUCUCGGAAACGAGAGCUGAGAUGAUGGCACAGAUUGAUGUCUGUAUGGGCGGCAAAGUCGCCGAGGAGCUCAUCUACGGACCCGACAAAGUGACCACUGGCGCAUCUUCUGACAUUCAGUCGGCUACUCGCAUCGCCCACAUGAUGGUCACGCAGGCCGGUAUGUCCGACAAACUCGGAAACGUCGAUCUUAACUCAGAUUACGCUCGUCUUUCUGGCGAGACAAAACAGCUCAUCGAGAGUGAAGUCAGAAGACUAGUGGAAGAGGGCCGCGCUCGCGCCACUAAGCUAUUAAACGACAACCGCGAAGGUCUCGAACGUCUGGCGAACGCGCUGGUCGAGUACGAGACAUUGAGCAAAGAAGAGAUGGAAGCAGCCGUACGGGGAGAGAAGCUCUCGCCCAGGAAGCCCACAGCGGAUCCGGAUGUCCCGAUCAAGGCGCCGGAAAUCCCUCUACCGCCAUCGUUCGGUGUACCUCCUACCUCUCUUGGUGGGAGCGGAGGUAAUGCACCAGGCGGUGUGCCCAGCCCUCGACCCUCCAGCGGAGGUGAAGACGGACCUUCUCCCUUCCCUACCGGUCCUUAG